GCUGCAGUUCUACACCCGAGUAUUUCCGAGACAAUGGGUAUCUGGUGCCAGAAAGUUACAACUUUUGCCAUCACUAGCUAGGAUGUUCUUAAAAACUAUGUAUUUAUAGCUUGAUUUAAAACAUUUGAAGAGAUACAGACUUUCCUCCCAGGGGAAGGUGGUCAAGGACUCCUGAGCAUAUUUUACUUUUUCUGCCAUGGAUAUUUUUACUGGGCCAAAACUUCGGGAUUUUAAGAAUUCACCGCCACAUCUUCAGUUCAACAAGUAUGUACUGACAGGAUACCGGCCUAUAUCCACUUACAGAGACUGUCUGCAAAGUUUGUUCUAUCUGCACAAUGAAUUUGGGAACAUCUAUACACAUGGUAUCCCCUUCAUCUGUUUUUUGCUGGUUUUGCCUUUGAGUAUCCCAUGGGCUGAAAUCGAGUGGUGGAUAGGAGUGGUGCAUUAUUUGGCUUGUCUCUCUCCCACCAUUUGUUCAGUCUUCUACCAUCUCUUUAUGAACCAUGAGGGUGGAGCACCUAUUUAUGACACACUGCUGUGCUUCGACAUGUUUGGUGUCUGUCUCGUCAACACUCUUGGUGCUCUGCCAAUCGUUCACAUAACUUUGUUGUGUUACCCAUCAUCCCGCCUUGUGGCGACGUUGGCAUAUCUCCUUCUCUCUGGCUACGGUGUUCACUGCGCUGUCUCUGCUCAGAGUAAUGUGCACCGCCUGCAAUCCUUCGCCUGGCAGGCGAUCUUCCGGUUCUUUCUCUUUAUGUUGCGUCUGACUGGCGCAGGCAGAGGAAGCCCUGCAUCUCUUCGCCUCUACCUCACCAUGGAUACUCUUGCAUUGCUAGGAGGACUAGUCAAUAUUUCCCGCCUUCCAGAGCGCUUCAGUCCUGGACGGUUUGACUACUGGUUUAAUAGUCACCAGAUUAUGCACAUCAUGGUAGUCCUGUCCAUUGUGUACUUACACUGGGGCACGCUGGAGGAUUUAACAUGGUUAAAGGGAUAUCACUGUCCCGGUGAAUAAACUUAAAGACUGAUAAUUCAUCAUGAUAUUUAAAGAACUGCAGGGAAAUUACUGUAAAACCCAAAGUGUGAUGGCACUACGGUAAAGUGGUUAUAUCAGUUGUUUAUGCCAUGAUACCUUCUUUGAAAUACAUAUUUACAGCUACCAAGUGACAUGAAUUUGCACUACAGAUGUUAAUGGCACACAACCUUGGACGACAACAACAAAAGAUAGGGAGAGUCUGUUACCUUUGGCUGAUAGUCUAAUAUUUGACUAUUUUAUGCAUGCACAAUAUGGCUAGUUGGCCUGUGUCGUUUUCCCUGCUGCCAUAUUAAAACAGACCUACAACCCAUUUUAGAGUUGAGAAACAGAAUACCAUGUUGCAAAUCCUAAAAAAUAAAAUAAAAAGUGAAGCUUUGUGAGAGCUCUUUAAAAAGGAGUAAAAUUGUUGUUUCUUACAAGCUUUCUUUGGUGAAGUUUUGUCAAAAUAUUGAAUAAUCAAAUGUGAAAUAUUGCACUUUAUGCUUCAAGUUUUGGAAAUCAGAUCCAAAAGAUUGUAUUCUGGAUGGCACUACCGUUGGCGAAUCUGAUGCUUUCUAUUUACAUGGUGCUACAUAUGUCAAAUAUGAAAUGUAUAUCAAUAUAAAAUAUUA